AUGCUAACAACCUUUCUAGGGUUUCGAUUUAAUUUUUUCCAUAGUAGUCCUCCAAAUUAUCUAAAGCGCAUUGAAGAAAUUCAUUCUAACAUGAUUUAUCUUCCCAUUCCAACGCCAGAUUUCACAGGACAUUAUACUAACAUAAAAUUUAGAGAUUUUUACGAGCAAAAUCAAAGUUCACAGGUAGGUUACAGUGCUGGAGAAAAUCCUUCAUUUGUCUACCCAGUAGCAUACGGCAUCAUUACUUAUAUUUUUGUUUGUCUUAUUCACGGUAAAUCCGACGCAAGCAUUGUCGAAAAUUCUGCAGAAGAAGAUUCGAGUCAAGUUAAUGCUCAUUCCUUUACUAGUAUAAAUGAAUCUCAAUUUGAAAUUUUUUCACAGACAAAUGAUCCGAAAAUUAAUAUGAAAAACCUCAAGGAAACUUGGAGUGAUAUUAUUUCUGAUGAGGAAAUGCAAGAAUAUUCAUUUUUGAACUCAAAAGAUGCAAUAGGAAGUAUUGGAUCUGAGGUUGUGAUUAAGGAUACAACCAAAUGUAUACAAGAUUGCUCGACAAUACAGUCAAAGAGCAUUUUUAGCGAAGAUAAUUGGUAUUAA